CACUCACUCACUUCCACAGUCUUCGCUUUCCUCUCUUUGACUCACUCUCUGCAACGACUGUGUUUUUCUAAAACUUUCUAAUGGGGACUCGAAUCCCAUCUCACCAGCUGAGCAGUGGCUUGUACGUCUCAGGCCCACCAGAACAACACAAGGAACGCCAACCCACAAUGGGGUCAAGAGCCGUACCGUAUACCGGCGGCGACGUCAAGAAAUCAGGCGAACUAGGCAAAAUGUUCGACAUAGCAGUGGUGGAUUCCUCUUCCAACGCCGGUACUUCGUCUGGGUUACCUCCAUCAAGGCCUUCCCGUCACUCCUCCUUCCAACACAACAGUGGAUCCCUCCGAUCCGCCUCCAAUUCAGGUCCCAUCUCCAAAUCCUCUACCGGUUCAGGGCCCUUGCAUCCCCAGAAGAAGUCGUCCGGUCCUAUGCCUUUGCAGCCUACCGGGCUUAUCACCUCCGGUCCCCUUGGGUCUUCCGGUGGAAGCACUGCUGCCGCUCGCCGCUCGGGUCAAUUGGAGCCCUCCGCUUCCAUGACCAAGGCUGUAUACGGUGCGGCUGUCACCAAUCUCACCGACGAUGUGAAAUUUGGGUUUAAAGUAUCCAAGGCCGUAAUGUGGGUUUUCGCGGUGGUGAUUGCCAUGGGGCUUUUAGUUGGUGGUUUUAUGUGGGUUACCAUUAAGAAGCCUGUGAUUUUGCUGGUGGUUGCCGCCAUUGUGGCCCCAGUUCUGCUCCUCUUUGUGUGGAAUUAUGCUCGGGGAAAGAGAGGCCUCUUGAAGUACUUGAACAGCUACCCUGAUGCAGAGCUUAGAGGUGCUAAAGAUGGACAGUAUGUCAAGGUCACUGGGGUUGUUACUUGUGGCAGUAUUCCCUUGGAGUCUUCUUAUCAAAAGGAGUCUAGGUGUGUAUAUGUUUCCACAGAAUUGUGUGAAUAUAGAGGAUGGGGUGGAAAGUCUGCAAGAUCAAAACAUUGUCUCUUCUCGUGGGGAGUGAGGCAUUUAGAGAAACAUGUGGCUGAUUUCUAUAUAUCAGACUUCCAAUCAGGGUUAAGAGCACUCGUGAAAGCUGGUUAUGGGGCAAAGGUUGCUCCAUUUGUUAAACCUGCCACUGUGGUUGAUAUAAAGAAGGAAAGUCAAGAGCUGUCUCCAAAUUUUCUGCAAUGGCUGGCUGAGCGUAACCUCUCUAGUGAUGACCGCAUCAUGCGUCUCAAAGAAGGGUAUAUCAAAGAAGGGAAUACUGUAAGUGUGAUGGGAGUGGUUCAACGCCACGAUAACGUGCUUAUGAUCAUUCCACCAGCAGAGCCUAUCUCCACAGGAUGUCAAUGGGUUCGCUGCCUUCUACCUAGCUACAUAGAGGGUCUCAUUUUGAUGUGUGAAGAAAGUCAAAAUGCUGAUGUAAUUCCUGUGUAAAUAAUUUGCUUGGCUACAUAUAUGCCACUACAGGUGUUAUCUCAUCAAAAGACAGGUGGGAAACCAUGCUGCCACACCACCCUGUUAUCAUCCAUUCAGGUUUUAAGUGUAUGUACAAUGACCUGAAGAUGCAUGGCAGGAAGUCGGACCAGAAUAAACGAGGACAAUGUAGACAAUGACUGAAUAUGAGAAUAUGGAGACUAGAAAAGAGAGAAAGUGUGAGUAGGUUCUCUUGUAUUUGAACAUCAGCAUGCCUUUUGAUUGGGUUGAUUUUAUGUAAAAUAGAUGCAGAGAUGCCCAAAAGAGUUCCUCUUGUGCCAAUAGUUGGUUCUGUUUCUUUUGUGACCAAAGAAAGAGGAUACUCAGAAAUUUUCAAUUCUGGAAUUGCAUUGCGAAAAAUUAUUAUUGUGAU